GUCGCGUCGUUGAUAAUUGUAAAUAUGUUUUGUGUCGCUGAUUGAAAGUGGAAGUGGACAUACGCGUCCAUCAUAAUUAAUUACCAUUAGGCCGUUCCACAUGCACGCACAAAGACAACAACACGGAUUGACAGCACGCGCCAAAGCGAACGAAAUAUAUUUUUAUUCAAUUUUUAUCUACGCAGCGGCAGCAACAACAACAAACACAACAGCUUAAAAUUGAGACAGAAAGUUGUUAUCACGCCGCCCCUUCGGCAAGAGCGUUGUUAUCAAGCAUCCACAACUUGUUGCAAUGGGCUGAGGCUGUAAGAAUAUAAAAAGAGAGGACUAAAAAAUAAGGAAUAAGGAGAAAGUUGAUCACAUUAAAAGAAAGUGCGCUCUGUGCGGGGUGACGCCAGUCAGAGGAAGGGCGUCAGCGGGUGUGUUUUGGAGGGUGGUGGUGGUGGCAGGCAGGCAGGCGGAAGUGCUUAUAGAGAACUAUUUUUAAUAUAUGUAUUGAAAGUGGACAAAAACAGACGACAAUAAACUUGGCGUUUGUGUAUUUGUGUAAUAAUAAUACCCAUAAACAACGUUGCCAAGUGCAUGAAUGUCAAAAUAAAAGGCGAGAGAAGCAUAUGCAACUAAAACACAUGAAAUAUUCAAAGACAGCAAAAGCAACGACAACAAUAAAGUAACAACAACUAGAAGGACAGAUUGAUUUUUAUUGCAAGCAGCUGGCCACCAUGGAGCAACGUUUACCGUUAUUUCCCAUCGAGCCCGAGCCGCCAGCAACGCCCACACAGCGAUUAACGCUGCUGGCCACACGAUGUCUACGUGCGCUGCAAUUAAACUGGAAGAUUAUCGUUUCAAGCAGCACUUUAACUUUAUUGGCCGUCUGUUGGUAUUACCCCACAUUCUUUCUGUUCUUUGCCUUUGUCAUCUAUUCGCUGCUGCUGGUAUUUGCAGCUGUUGCCGGCACUGUUUAUAUAUACUAUAUAUUUACAACCAAUGAACCCAGUAAGCCCAAUCGACUGCCCUCCAAGCUGCUCUACAAUGCCACCAAAAGUCAAAUUUUCGAUUUGCCAAAUCCUAUAAAAAAUCCAUCGAAUUUACCGCUAGUCUUUGGAAAGACUGUGGACCUGCAGUUGCAACAAAUUAUAGAAUAUGUUCUGCGCGAUUUUAUGGUGCCCUGGCUAGGCUAUGUGGUGACCAAGCCGAAGCUGAUAAACGAUGUGGUGCGAGAGGAUUUGUGGAAUGCAAUCCAAAAGAUACACGAGCGCGCAAUAAAAAUGGAUCCAGCCAAAAUUAUAGCCGUGGAUAUGGUCAAUAGAGUAACAGUGCAUUUGGAAAAAAUACGCAUAGCUGAGGCACGAGCAGCCGAAACCAACAGCCCGCCUGUCUUUAGCAGUAAUAGCUAUUUGGUCGAUGAGCAGCAGGAAAUGGAAUUUUUACGCAAGCUGUGUGAAAUAAUGAUUAUAUUGCUGCUGCCACGCGGCUACUCCUUGCCACCAUUAAAAGUGCUGCUAAGCGAGCUGUUGUCCUUUAAAAUUUUCUUUCCCAUGAUUAAAAUGCUUACGUCACCCGAUUAUAUAAACCAAAAAGUGGUGCAAAAUAUUGAAACGCGCCUUGCUGCUGCCGCAAUUAGCAAACGUAGCUAUGAAUAUGCUGCCAGCUUUGAGGAAUUUCUUAAAAUUAUCAACAACUCUGGCAAUUUGGAGGAAUUGUCGCUCAUACGCAAAAGCAUUGUCAAUGAUUUAAUGCAUGCCACCAGCAUGCAGAAUUUGCAACGUGCCAAAGGCUUGGAUCCGGAUACAGAGGAUCAUACGCUUAGCAAAUCGGAGCUGACAGCAGCGGUGCGGCUUAAGCGUUACGUGCAACAAUUGUCUGUGGCUAAGAAUCAGUGUGAAAAGAAUUUAGCCAAAUUUGGCUGGAAUGGCAAUUACUCAAGCGAUACGGACCUGACGCUGCUGGAAAUACUCAACACGGCUGUGGGUCGCCGCUACUUUACGCUGUUUCUCGAGCCACUGAAAGCCAGCGCUUUGGUAGGCUUCUAUCUGGCCGUGGAGGAGAUGAAACAUGCGCCCAAGUCCUCCACACAUCAGUUGGGCACAGAGAUCUUUUAUUGCUACAUACGCGUGCCCAAGCCAGAGAUACAAAUAGACAAGCAUGAACGGAAGCUUAUAGAAACCUUUGUCUUGGGCGAUGCGGGUCCAGAAAUCUUUUACGAUAUGCAACGUAAUAUACUACGCACGCUGGAGGAUAAAUACUAUCCACCAUUUGUGCUAAGCGAACAGUAUCGUCAACUGAAGGAGGCGCUCGACUCGAACGAAUUCAAUGAUCCCACCUUGCUAAUGUGCCCCGAGACGCCCGACGAUGAGCAGGCCAUGGUCGCUGAAGCGCUCAACGGCGCUGGCAUGCCUGUGGCUGCUAUAGAUGUGGCGGCGCAUACUUCAUAUGCGCGUCGCAAGCUGGAGCAGAUACAGGAGCGCAUAGAUAAGAAAAAUCAAGCAUUAGAUGCUUUAAAAUAUUCUGUUAAGCCAGAGUCCAAAGUGCUGCAAAUCUUGGAGAAAGAGAUGGAGUGGCUGAAGAGCGAGAAGCGCCAGACCGAGGCCCAUUUGAGACGCACUGAUGCAUGGACAGAGCAUUUGGGCAAAUGGAAGGCCACCAUACAAAGUGUGGAGGUAUCCGAUGAGAAGGAAUCGCUGCAGUUUAUGAUAUUGGUGCAUGUGGAUGAAGAUAUAAAUGCACCAGCAGGACAGGCAACAACCGCCAAGUCUGGGGAUAGCAGCAGCUCACAUCACAAACUACAAAGGCGUCGCCCAUCGGGCAUAUCAAGUGGAUGGGUGGUGUUGCGUUCGCUUAAUCAAGUGCAUGAAUUGCAACGUAAGCUGCGUCAUGUGAGCUCCAAUUUAAAGUCUCUGGAUUUGCCCACAAAUUUCAAGUUCUUUUUUCUCAAAACGGAUCGCCAUGCGCAAGAGAAGGCCAAAGCGCAAAUACAAAAGUUUUUAAAUUUUAUACUCGAAGAUGAUCAUUUGAAUGGCAGCGAGGCCAUCUAUACAUUUCUCAGUCCCAGCUCGGAUCACUUAAAGCAAACGCUGCCGUCGCCUAAGAAAUCCAAAUUCUCACUCUCAACGUUAUUCAAAAGCGAUGCAGCCAAGGCGCAUGAGUCCAGCAAGGCAACAGAUCCCUUUUGGGGACUGCAGCGUGAUGAGGAUGACAUGUCCACUUAUUUGGAGGGUGAGAGCAGCAGUGAUGUCAAGCUAUUGGCAGACUUGGAUAGCAAAGAUUCUAUAGCGGAGCCACUCUACGCUUUGAUGGGUGAAAUUUUUGACAUGGGCGGUGUUUUCAAAUGGCUGCGCAAGAGCAUCAUAAGCUUUGUGCAAAUUACUUAUGGACGCACUAUAAAUCGACAAAUACGUGAAUCUGUAGCCUCGCUAUUCGAGGAAUCCAUGCUACAUAACUAUUUCUCUGCGAUACUUAAAUCCUUUUGGCCCGGCGGCGUUUUGGCUUCAGCUUACCCAGUGCGUUCGGAUGAUAUGAAGGAGAUGACGACAAAUGCAGCCAAGGCGUUGAUUACGGAUCAUAUACCCGAGGUGUUGUGCAGCUUGGUGGGCGCGCAGGCCGCCAAGCGUGGCGUGAUGAAAGUGUUUGAGGCGCUGCAGAAUCCACUUUACAACAAGCAGCUGUUCUACGAGCUGCUGGAAAUUCUAAUGGUUGAAUUCUUUCCGGAAAUACGUCAGUUGCGUGUGAACAAUGCCAAUGGCAGCAAGCUCAAUACAACCAGCUCUGGUGUUGCUGCAGUCUCAGCUGCCGCCGCUGCCUUGGCCGCGGUAACAGCACUGCCCACGCUCAAUAGUCAUCAUCAGAGUCAGCAAGGUGCGCAUGUUGCAAGCUCAGUAGCAGCAGCAGUUAGCUUAGGCGUCACACAUGCCAAGGAGCAUUAUCAUCAAGCGACGCAGCAUUCGCCGUAUCAUCAAAAUCUGAGUGUGCAGCAGCAACAUCAUCAGCAGCAGCAGCAGCAACAUCAACAUCAUCAUCAACAACAACAACAACAACAACAG